CAGAAUCGCUGUGGCACUCGCUUGCAGAAGGACAACGAUGGGAUUCUCGUUUCUUUUUGUCCCCCGAACGAUCCCAGUCGUCCAGAUGACUCGAGUUGUUAUUUCUCGGCGAUUCGGAGUCCGUCGCGAUUUGUUUGCUCGAGCAAGUUUCGUAAGGCGAAGUAGAAGCCCGUGAUAUCGGCCUCUCGAGUAUUUUCAGAGUGUCCAGAAGAGCAUCGUUCAGCCGCGAGUACGUCGGAACCGGAAAUCGCGGAGGAUUUGAUUGCUUACGUUUUUUAUGCCUGCGCCGCCAUUGAGGCCUGUGCGUCCAGAAAUACGUGACGCUUGGAACUUUUGCGUACCAAGGCUCGCAGCUCUCAUUCGGCUCCGAAGGAUUUUUUAUGGGCGAUCUUAGCAGAGCUGUGACUUGAAGAAGUUUUAAAGUUACACAUCAACUAUUCGUCGAUAACCCGAGAGCUUUUCUCAUUUUCUCAAUUUAAUUUUCACUCCUACAUAAUCAAGUAAUUAGUUUUUCUCACAAAAAGCUCGUUGAAUUGCGCUCAGUGAUGAGUGGAUUUGUGAGUGACCAUUUCACGUGCGAUUAGAAUGUUUUUAUCACAGAAACGGAUAUACUUACGAGAUCGUAAAUACAAAGGAUUUUUCACUUUCAUAGUGACGUGCUGAUCUUUAGUGAGGAAUACCGAACCAUCCUUGCGUUAAUCCUAUUUUUUUUUCUUUUUAACUUUUUCAUCUAUAACCUCAUGAUUUAAACGUUGCGGAAUAGUGACGUCGGCCGAACAGUUUGAGGGGAAAAAAAGAAGGUCGAUGGGCAGCGAUCAUUUUUCGUACGAUUCAACAUUGCUUUUGACAGUAAAAAAUGAAAAAAUCAGAAUUCUCGCGGAAUGGGAAAAAUUCGUGUUAGAGAGAAAAUUUAAUUAUACAGUUUACUUCCGUUUUUUUUUCGUCUAUCGUCGUACGAUUAUGCCCGAGGGCUGAAGGGUGCGGAGCAGCACCUUCGGAAUGUUGCCCUGACAACGGGCAGUAACAAGUGUCAUUUCCAGUGUGUACUUUGAGAUAAAAUUUUCUUCUCGAUUGUAAUCGUGGAAGUUCCUCGCGAUGAAAGCCUUCAAGGAACCCAUCAAUUACGAAGGGCUCGAGGAAGAAUUGCACGAAGCACUGAGAGCCGACGAACUUUACGCCCUGCAAAACGAUGCUAAAUUUCGUGCGAUCGAACAAUCCGUUCCCACUUACGAAGACUUCAGGCAAAUGGUCAAUGCUGCACAUUUGAAACCUUUAGAGCGCAAAGACGUGACCCCGAAGCUUGGGGUCAAGUGGAACGCGAUCGCUGACGACAGAAAAUAUUCGCAGUCGAUGAAAGGGGGGACGAAAAAAACGUCUGGCCAGGAACCGACCGAACAGCUCAUAUUUGGAGCGAUACCGAAAGAUAGCCACGAGUUUUUGAAAGUCUGGAAGAAUCUCGAUUGCGAGAAGAGAAUUCGAUUGUUGAAUGAAACGAGGCCAAUUCUCACUAGCGAAAUAUUCCGGAGUGAAAUUCCUCCGAACGUUUUAAACGAGUGUAUUGUCGCCUGUCUCGAAAGUCUCGAAACUCCAGAUUCCGAAAAAUCGGUAAUGAAAAUUUUGUCAACGCUCAGCGAGUGCAACAGAUUCAAACUGGCGAUCGAGUUCAUGUCUCCUCGGGAUAAAUCUACUUGUCGCGAGCUUUUUCAAGCUCUGAGGAAGCAAUCAGGAAACGUCGAAAGUGAAACAAUUCUUCGCAAUCUCGAGGCAACUUACUUGGUGGAAAUCUAAUUCGACGAAAAACAAUCGAACGGUUUCACUUUGUUGCUUUUUUCCAAUGGAUUCUGCAAUAAAAUUUUUCCAUUAAGGAAGUUCACGCGAAUCUAAUGGAAAUCGAAAAUUCCAACUUUAAGAGUUGAAAUUUGGAAAUAUGAUAAAAAUUU